AUGACUGAAGUAGAAGAAGUGAUCGUUAAAAAAAAAAUCACUCCUUCAUUAAGAGAUCGUGUUUAUUAUGCUGCUAGAGAUGGGAUGGCUAUAACUUUGUUUUCACUUUUGUAUGAAAAUAAGUCAGUAGCACAGGAUUUGCUUGAUGAACAUUUCAUUGAUGACAACAAUCAAAAAUGUACACCUCUAAUCAUAGCUGCAAAAAACGGUCAUGAUAAAGUUGUAAAAACAUUACUAUCGAAUUUUAAUUUAAAUGUAGAAAGAGAAGGCACUGUCAAAUUUGAUAAAUUUGUAGUCGAAGGUGCGAGUGCACUUUGGGUUGCUGCAGGUGCUGGAAAUUUAAAUGUAGUUAAAGUACUAGUCAAACAUGGAGCUAAUGUAAAUCAUCCUACGAGAGCAAAUUCGACACCCUUGAGAGCUGCUUGUUUUGUCGGAAGACUUGAUAUUGUAAAAUAUCUAAUGAAUCACAAUGCUGACAUUCAUAUUGAAAAAGGAGCUGAUCCCAAUGAAAAAGCCAAGUGCGGUGCUACAGCACUUCAUUUUGCUGCCGAAUGUGGUCAUACUGCCAUAGUAAAAGAAAUUUUAAAAUACGGAGCCGAAUUCGUUAAGAAUAAAAAUGAUAUGACUCCAUUAACCGCUGCCGCGGUUGCUACCAAGGCUGAAGUUGUAGAAUAUUUAAUAUCUCUUCCAAACAUUACAAAACAGGAAAAAAUAGAAGCUUUAGAACUUUUAGGAGCAUCAUUCGCAAAUGAUAAAGAUAAUUAUUGUCUGCAAAAAGCAUAUUUUUAUCUUCACAUUGCUAUGGAAAUGAGGUACAGUGAUCCGAAUGAUAUUAUUCGAAAGCCUAGAUGUCCACCGAUUCCAGCUUACGAAAACUGUAUAGAAUGUCAAACUCUUCAAGAUUUAGAAGCCAUAAAAAGAAAUCAAAACGCUCUCCACAUGGAAUCAUUGACAAUAUGGGAAAGAAUACUUGGACGACUUAAUCCGGAAAUUCCCAAUCCUGUAAUAUUUAGGGGAGCCGUAUUUGCCGAUGAUGCCAGAUUUGAUAGAUGUAUCGAAUUGUGGUUUCACGCUUUGAAUCUUAAACAAUUGAAUCAAGUUACCGUAACAAAAGAUUUACUUAGGUUUGCUCAGGUUUUUUCACAAAUGCUUCACGCCGGUGUCGGUAUUUCAUUUAAUUACGUUAAAUCAGUUUUGGCAGCCGCCGUUACAGAAUUAGAAAGAAAUCAAGAAAAAGUUAAAAAUUCAAAUCCUAAAAAUUACAAUGAAGAUAUGAUGGAGGAUAUGGAAAACAAUAUAUACUCCGUUUUAUAUAUUCUCGUAAUAGUGACUAAAUUAAUGAAAAAAAAUAUAAGCAAAUUAGAAAAAUUUGAAAUACAUCAAUUGUUAUACAAGUUAAACAAGUUGAACGUAACGACUCGUGAGGGGCAAUCCCUUCUUCAUCUUUCUGUGAAUUUUCAAACUCCCGUGGAUGAUUUUCACACAAAUCAUGUAUGUAAGUUUCCUUGUGCGGACGUGGCCCGUUUACUUAUGCGCUGCGGUGCCGAUGUUAAUUCAAUGGAUAAUGAAAGAAACACACCAUUACAUAUAAUUGUCAGUUACCAAAAGCCAGUUAGCGAUUUUAUGACGUUGCACUCGAUUAUUAUACGUUUAAUAGAGGCGGGAGCGCAUAUGGAUACAGUAAACUCUUCUGGAAAAACACCUUUUGACGCUGCCACGACCGGCGUAGCUUCAAUAAUUUUACAAACUCAAUCUAAAAUUAGUUUAAAGUGUAUGGCUGCUAGAGUAGUCAAAAAUUAUGAUUUGGCAUAUCAGGGACAAGUUCCUAAAUCAUUAGAAAGUUUCAUUGAAUUACACGGUCCCGGUUUAAAUCAAGGAUAG